UGAUACGAACUAGUGUAGUAAAUUAGGGCACUUACUUUCUCUCUGUAAAGUCUGAAGAGCCGAAGAGUUGACGCAGAGAGAGAGAGAAGACACCUAAAGCCACUACGCCAGAGUCCACAGAUAGAGCGAGAGGGAGGAAGGAAGGGAGCUCCUGUAGUCUCUUUUCUCUGGAACCGCCAUGAAUGGCGAGGAAGGUGGUAAUGAAGCCGUGAAAAUGGAGAAAUCAAAAGAAUCUUUAGUCUUCAUGAUGGGUUACCUUCCUGGAGCUUCGCCACAGCGGUCGCCUCUGCUUUCGCCAGUCAUAGUUCGGUCACCGGAGUCAAUCAAUUCUGGAGAUUCAUGGAGGGAUGUUUGUGGUGGUGGAUGUGGAUUCGCUAUGGCGAUUUCUGAGUCAGGAAAGCUCAUCACGUGGGGCUCAGCAGAUGAUCUAGGUCAAAGCUAUGUGACUUCGGGGAAGCAUGAGGAAAUUCCGGAACCCUUUCCUCUUCCUACUGAAGCUUUAAUAGUGACGGCUGCAGCGGGUUGGGCUCAUUGUGCAUCAGUUACAGACAGGGGAGAAGUCUACACAUGGGGUUGGAAAGAAUGUGUCCCUUCUGGAAAGGUCUUUGGAAAUUCGUCUACCGGGCCCAGCACAGAGAAGGAUGUACUUGAAAAGCAGAGUUCUAUGUUAACCGAGCAAGUGUGCCCUAGAUCUCAAGGUACAAGAUCAGCCACUGGAACAGUAUCUGGUUUUGACAACAGAGGAAGUGGAGAGGAAAUUACAAAGCGAAGAAAAACAUCAUCAUCAAAACAAACGGCUGAAAGCUCGACAUCUGGUGAUGAGACUCUCUCAGCAUUCCCAUGUCUUGUGACUUUAGGUCCGGGAGUGAGGAUCACCACUGUUGCUGCAGGUGGACGCCAUACAUUAGCAUUGUCAGUUUCAGAUAUAGGACAAGUGUGGGGUUGGGGCUAUGGAGGCGAAGGGCAGCUAGGUUUGGGUUCUCGGAUCCGUAUGGUAUCUUCUCCUCAUCCUGUUCCUUGCAUUGAGCCCUCUGGUUACGGAAAAGACAGAUCUUCAACAGUUCCUUCUGGAAGUAUAAAUUCAGAGGGACAAGUCUUUAAAGUUCCAGGAACCUAUGUGAAGGGAAUUGCCUGUGGAGGUCGACAUAGUGCUGUAAUAACAGAUGCUGGUGCACUACUUACUUUUGGUUGGGGACUUUAUGGACAGUGUGGGCAUGGAAGUACAGAUGAUGAGUUGAGUCCAGAUUGUGUGUCGGCUCUCUUGGGUAUUCAGAUACAAGAAGUUGCUGCUGGACUGUGGCAUACAGUUUGCAUUUCAGUUGAUGGAGAUGUGUAUGCAUUUGGUGGAAACCAGUUUGGGCAGUUGGGUACUGGUACUGAUCAAGCUGAGACUCUUCCAAGACUCUUGGAUGCCCCAAGUUUGGAAAACAAGAAUGUGAAAAUUGUUUCUUGUGGGGCUCGCCACACUGCUGUAAUCACAGAGGAUAGAAAAGUCUUCUGCUGGGGAUGGAACAAGUAUGGCCAGCUUGGUUUGGGUGAUGUCAUUGACCGCAACAUUCCUUCGCAAGUUAACAUCGAUAGUUGCCUCAUGAAGAAUGUUGCUUGUGGCUGGUGGCAUACAUUAGUGCUCACUGAAUCACCUACUUGAGACUCACUUCGUCAAAAGGAGCCACCACAGUUUUGUAGGAUAGUACUCUCUUGAUUGAUGCGGCUGUUAUAUGCCAAUUACUCUACAUAUUUAUCUUGUAAAUACAAGUUCCAUGUAUUUAUAUGUGUUUAGAAACUUGGACUCGGGAUUGGAAUCGGUUGGAAUCGGCUUGAAAACACCCUAACCCUAGUUAGCAGUACAGAAUCAGCCCAGGCCGGAUAGGCUGGAGUUUUUUCAAUCCCUGAUUCAUCUGUCAUAAAAAAUGGAAGCGGAUCAGCUGAAUCCCAAUUCCUCUGCCAGACCGGCCAAUUUGAUCUGUGUAUUGAAGUUUUCAGGCAGAAUCCCAACAAUUCCAGCAGAUCUAGCAAUUGUGUAUCGGUCAAUCAUGGCCAACUCCGGUUCCAGCUUAUUCAACAUGAACAAUUCUUGAUCUAAUACCCUAGAAUUGUUGAGUUUUCAGAUGUGAGCCAACUCUAGGGUUUUUUUAUGCCGAUCCAAUUCCUAAUUAUCCUUGGUUAUGAUCGUUUUGAUCCUGAUUCCAAGUUUCAAUAACCUUGAUUCAUAUACAUUCCUAACUGUAUCAAUUGAUUCAAUGUUGCUGUUGUAAAGGAAGAGGAGUAUUUUCAUAGAUGUACAUCACAAAAUGUUUCUUGUGUAUUAUCUUAUUAGACAGUUCAAACAUUUGAUACAUA